AUCCAAAAGCUAACGAAUGAUUUCGACCAAAGUACACUAGCAUUUCUGACAUUUUGCAUCUUGACACAUUCUCCCCCCCCCACCUGGACUUCGACUGCAUUUCCCUUGCUCGAUACUCUCAUACAGUGUGUGGUUCUCGCAUCUGUCUCUUCAUUGCGGUUUUCCAGACCUCGCACUUCUUCAACUGAUGCCAUAGAAGCCCGCCGGACCGACCUCCCCGCGCUCCCGAGGCGCUUCCCAACGUCGCGAUCGAACGCUCAUUUCAACGGAUCCCGAUCCACAUUGCGGCGAAACAUAAGCAUGCACUUCCCGCAUUCCUCAAGGCUUGUUCUGCUUCUCGCAGCUGCGACAGCUCGCGCCGCUGAUACCUCAGCUUCUUCAACGACCACGAGCGCCCCGGCAUGCACUGCAGCAUCCAAGAGCGGCGCCGGAGCCUUCUACGACUUGCGACCCGACAUCGCCGUCAAGCCUGAAGAGGGAAAAUCGUCAAAGGGGAUCAUCACUGCAGACUACCACGCUAGAGGCUGGGAUUAUAACCGGAACUUUACCCUCAAUAUCUGUGCCCCUGUCAUUGAACCCCUCGAUGAUGUGGAGGGGCUGACAAAGGCCGAAGCCAAGAAUGUCAGCGCGUACUACACGUACAAGGGGGAGACCUACUCGAUAGGGUCAUCGUCUAUGGACGUCCAAACUCGAGGGCGUAUACUUGUGCUCCAAUACAAAAACGGCUCGCCCUGCGACAAGAGCAAAUCCAAGCGAUCUCAGGUCCACGCCGAUGCUUCCUACAACAAGUACGCCGACGACGACGAUGACGAAGCUACACCUCUUAAAUAUUUCAACAACAGCGAAAAGAAAGUUUCCGUGGCCAAGGACGACGCGGAUUCGAACCCCCGUCGCAAGUCCGCCACAAUCUCCUUCCAUUGCGAUACCGAGCAGGUCGGUGGAGCUGCUCAUAUCUCCUUUGUCGGCUCCGACCCAGAUGACUGCGCAUACUUCUUCGAGGCUCGUUCGCAGCACGCUUGUCCGCGGGCUGAGCCCCACCAGCCGGGCAGCGUCGGUCCCGGGGGCGUUUUUGCCAUCAUCUUCGUCAUUGCCGUCAUGGUCUACUUUGGCGGUGGUGUCUUUUACCAAAGAACCGUCGCGCACGCCCGAGGUUGGCGCCAGCUCCCAAAUUACAGUUUGUGGGCUGGGAUCUGGAGUUUUGUCAGUGACAACUUCAUCAUCGCAACCUCUUCGUGCGCGCAACUUCUGCCUGGGAGGCGGGGUUACCGCCACCUGUCUGGCUCCCCCAGUAGAGCGCGCAAUCGUGAGGACGAGAACAGAUUGAUAGACCAGCUCGAUGAGGAAUGGGAUGAUUAGACAGUCAAACGGACUUUAGCUCAAGAAUUGUAGAUUAAACUUGUUCCAUCAAUCACAGACUGUGUAUUGGAGCUGCGGAAUAUUCUUCGGGAAUGUAAAUGAGUCACAGGCAACC